ACCACGCCGCAUCGUCCAUCCCAGCUCGUCCUGCUCUGCCCGUGCCUCGCCGUGCCCCGCCGUGCCCAUCGCGCCCGCCGCACCGCCGCCUGACCCCGCCUCGUGCGCUGAGCGCGCGCGUCCGUCGCGCUGCCCGCCAUGGCGCGCCCCCACUCCUCCUACGGCGCGCCGCUCGACGACUACUCGCCGCGCCAGGGCCAGCAGCACAUCAUCAACAUGGGCGGCAUCGACGGCGGCGGCCACCACGCGGGUGCGGGCGGCGGCUCGGCGGCGGGUGCGUACCGCGCCGCGCAGCGCUCGCCGCUCAUGGCCUCGUCGCCCUACUCGCCCGCCGGCGCGUUUGACAAGCAGCCGGGCGCACCAGGCUCGUCGUCCGCAUACGCCUCGCCGCGGCAGGCACAGCACGGCGGCAGCCUGGCGCCGCAGCAGCCGCCGGCGGGCCAGAGCUCGCUGAGCCGCAGCCAGUCGCUGGGGCACCACGUGUACCAGCAGCACCAGCAGGCGCAGCAGCAGCAGCACGCUCAGCAGCAGCAGUAUGCCCAGCACGGCUCCAGUCCGGCGCGGUCGCACCAGGCCGGCGCGCGCGGCUCGUACCACCGCUCGCGCGAGUCGGCGCAGCCGUCGUACUCGGACGGCUCCGGCGGCUCGUACGGCACGCCGCAGGCCGGCAGCGGCUCGUCGCGCUCCAGCCUGGUGGGCAGCGGCAGCCUGCUGCCGACCAUCAACACGCAGAUCCCCUCGGGCAACUUUGCCUCGAGCCCGUACAGCCCCAGCGGGCGCAACUCGAUGUUCGCCGAGUCCUCCACCUCGACGUACAGCGCGCAGCCGCCGAUGUCGCGCUCGCCGGGCCACGGCAAGAGCGGUGGGAGCCCGUACGCCUCGACACAGGCGGCGUUCAGCUCGAGCAGCCAGUUCCAUUCGCCGCAGCAGCCCGGCUCGCAGCACCGGCCGUUGAGCAUGCUCGAGAGCGGCACGUACUCCAACUUCCGUGACCGCUCCGGCACGAGUCCGGCGCAGCACGAGAGCGCACGCCUGGCGCAUCGCACCUCGAACACGGCGCUGCGCGCCUCGGCGUACGAAGGCGGGCUGCCAACGUACCAUGCGCCGGCGCAGUCGGGUGACUCUCUGCCGUAUGCGUACAGCACCUCGGCGCUGGCCAGUGCCGCUGCGGGCUUGGGGCAGACGGGCCACGCGCCGCCCUCGCUUGGCGCUGGCGGGCCACCGCCGCGAGGCAGUGCCUUGUAUGCGAGCGAGAAGGACCGGAGAGGCAGCAUGCCUGCCACCACGUCCAGCGGAUACGAUCGCGAAUGGCAGCAACAGCAACAGCAGGGGCCCUCGAAGGUGCCGCAGCGGCCUGUGCCGCAGGUGGGCUUCAGGCGCGUGCGCGACACGAACGACCUGAGGCCAAACGCGCAGGCUGCGGCACAGGGCUUUGGGCGGAGAGCAGACCCGGCAGGCGGGCAUGUCAGCCCGCUCAAGGCGAUGACGACGUAUCUGCACCACACGUACCACCUUGUCAACCCGGCGUUCUUCUACGAGCUCUCGUUCAACCCGCGGCGCGUGCUGACGAAGCCGAGCAAGCCGAUGCACAACGACGGGCACGACAAUGAGGACUCCGACUACAUCCUCUACGUCAACGAUUGGUUGGGCGCAGAGGAGGGGAACCGGUAUCUCAUUCUUGACGUGCUGGGCCAGGGCACGUUCGGACAGGUGGUCAAGUGCCAGAACAUGAAGACGCACGAGAUUGUCGCCGUCAAGGUGAUCAAGAACAAGCCGGCCUACUUCCACCAGAGCAUGAUGGAGGUGACGAUCCUCGAGAUGCUCAACGGCAGCUGGGACCCCAACGACGAGCACCACAUUCUGCGCCUGCGCGACACAUUCAUCCACGCGAAGCACCUCUGCCUCGUCUUCGAGCUGCUCUCGUCGAACCUGUACGAGCUGAUCAAGCAGAACUCCUUCCGCGGCCUCAGCACCAGUCUCGUGCGCGUCUUUACCGCGCAGCUGCUCGACGCGCUGACGGUGCUGCACGAGGCGCGCCUGAUCCACUGCGAUCUCAAGCCGGAAAACAUCCUGCUGAAGACUCUGCAAACGCCGUCCAUCAAGCUCGUCGACUUCGGCUCGGCGUGCCACGAGCGGCAGACGGUGUACACGUACAUCCAGUCGCGCUUCUACCGCUCGCCGGAGGUGCUGCUUGGCCUGCCGUACUCGGCGUCCAUCGACAUGUGGUCGCUCGGCUGCAUUGCGGUUGAGCUGUUCCUUGGCCUGCCGCUCUUCCCGGGCACGUCCGAGUACAACCAGAUCUGCCGGAUCGUCGAGAUGCUAGGUCUGCCGCCGGCGUUCAUGCUCGACCAGGGCAAGCAGACGGGCGAGUUCUUCUCGGUGCACAGCGACGAGUACGGGCGCAAGACGUACCGCCUCAAGUCGCUCGAUCAGUACUCCAAGGAGCACAACACGCAGGAGCAGCCGUCGAAGAAGUACUUCCAGGCCACCACGCUGCCCGAGAUCAUCAAGACCUACCCGAUGCCGCGCAAGAGUGGCCGGCCAGCGGACGUGCCAAAAGAAAUGGCGUCGCGCACCUGCUUUAUCGACUUUGUCACUGGCCUGCUCAACAUGGACCCCGCGCAGCGGUGGACGCCGCAGCAGGCGCGCAAGCACCCCUUCAUCACCAACGAGAAGUUUGUCGAGCCGUACAAGCCGCCGCCGAACCCAUCGAGUCCGACGACUGCGGCGCGCACCAGCAAGGCUGCGAACGCGACUGUCGAGGCUGCCAAGCACCCGUACGGCGGCCUGCCGCAGACUCCGUCACGGCAAUCGGGACGCGCCUAUCCAGACGCUGCGGCCUACAACCAACAUUUGGCACAGCAGCAGGCGUACAACUCGGCGCAUCAGGCACGGCAAUCGCAGCCUCCGCCGGUCAACAACCCGUACGCGCAGGACGCUCAGGCGCAGGCUCAGGCGCAAGCAAAGGCGCAAGCAAAGGCCCACGCACAGGCGCAGCAGCAGCAUCAGCAGCAGCAUGCGCACGCUCAGGCGCAGGCACAGGCGCAGGCAGCUGCUGCUCACCACGCUGCCGUGUCUCCGCAGGGCUACGCGGCGCCCCCUGCGAAUGCCACAGGCGUGCAGACGCGCAGCCGCUCGAACACGAUGACGCGCAUGGACACGGUGCCGCCGCAGCUGGCCAAGCUCGGUCUCGACUCGACACCGCACUCUGGCGCCAACCUGCACUCGGCCACGCCGGUGCUCACGCGGGAAGAGUCACUGCGCGAGUGGGAGCGGCGGCAGCAGCAGAACGGCGGCGCUGCGCCGAUGCCACAACAGCUGGCCGCCGGUGGUGGCGCGACGGGCAGCGGCAAGGCACGUACGUCUUCCAACUACGGGCAUCUCGACCUGUUGCAGCACGGCACCGGCGCGACCGGCUGGUCGCAGCAAUGGAGCGGCGCGGGCUCGUCGGCGCAGCGGCAUAGCUCGCAAGGCCAGCCGAGCGCCUACACGUCGCCAUCGGGCAGUGCGAUCCACUCGCCACCCGGCGGGCAGCCGCCAGGAGCAUUCUCGGUCAUCGUCGACGGGCAAGACCGGCGAAUGGUCAAUCCGCACGACGCGAUGAGCGCCAGCUCGGCCAUGGCCAACAUGCCGUCGCACGGCGCGGGCGGCAUGUCGGGCAUCACGCAGCCGCCGCAGGCGGCCUACUCGAGUGCCUCGAGCGGGCCGUCGCAGGCCUCGCGCUACCAGCCGCCGGCGAGCAGCACAUACGGCGCGGCGGGCAUGUCGUUCGACCCGUACGACACGGGCAUCGCGCAGCUCAUGCCUGCGCUCAAGCCGACGCAGUACCAGGGCAGCCAGGCGGGCGCAGCGACGCAGCGGCACUCCGUCGCCGUCACGCCGGGCGGCGGCUCGUCGUACGCAGGGCUGCAGUCGGUCCACACGGCGGCCAGUCCGAGCGGCAUGCGCGGCGACGACGGCUUUGGCAUGCAGGGCUUCGACGGCCGGCGGUACUCGCAGCAGCAGCACCCGCAGAUGCAGCAGCAGCACCCGCCGGCCGCGUCGCCGCAGGGCCACCAGCGCUUCUGAGGCCCGGCGUGGCCCGCUGCUGCUGGACUGCUCUUAGAUCCGCUCUCUGUGUCGUCGCCGCCAAUCUCACACCAUCUGCGUGCUCACCCGGGCCUGUACACGUCGCCAUGCUCCCUCUCUUCGGCGCGGCGGACGCCUGCAAAGCGAUGUCAUACCCCACGAUGGAAUUGCGUGGCCGUGCCCCGUCCUUUUGUGAAGAGCCUUUGCGUGAGAGGAGAGAGAGCACAGUGAAAGAGGCAAGAUUACGAGGAGCAGUGUGUGGCGAAGGAUCGGACAGUGCAGCGGAACGAGCAGCAGGGUUGGUAGGGGGGCGGAGCGUAAAGUCGUCUACUCUUCUUCUGACUCGUCAGAGCCCUCGGACGCCUCGAGAUCGAG